ACAUUUUGAGCCUUCAAAAUCCUACGUGGGCGCAAACACUGUGGAUUGGACCCCGUUCACACGCGGGCAACUUGGAGGUCUUGGAAUGCAUCGAACGACGAGGCUCACAGCUUUGGCGCCCCUUCGUAGAAUUCCAUCGGCGUGGACUCCCUGCACAAGAGCGAGAGAGAGCGAGAGACCUAGCGCUGCACUGACUGCAUUGCUGAAUUAGUGCCCAGAGCUUGCGAGCGCUUCUACGCAGUCGGUCGGAAUCCGUGGAGAUCCCUUCAUUCGAACGGUGCUGCGGCGGGGAACAAUCAACUCGAUGUUCAUUUCUCGAGAGUUGGUGUUCGUACUCGGUAGGGGUUGAUUGUGUGUUUGGAGUUUCAUAUCCCAUUUAGCGAUGAGAGGAUCGGAGUGGUGAGUUUUUUGAGACUUGGUGUUGCUGGAAUGUCUUGAGGUUCGAGGUGAGGGGGAUGAGGUGAUCUGUGUUUUUAUACGGUGGAGAGAGAUUGAAGGCGAAAUCAGUAGUUUGACUAUCUAAUUGGAAGAACCGAGGAAGCCACGUGUGAUAAAGCACGUCUAAUUAGAAAGACGCCAAUAUCAGCAUGCUGGUGUAGGGAUUGUUCGGGGUCUUGAACGAGUCGCCUUGAGCGGUAAUCCUGGCAGUUUGCGAAUAAAGCGAGGAGAUUCACAGUGCAGCGGAAUAAGUAUGGGCCUCUGCAACUUUAAGAACAGCAAACAAUAGUGUAUUAGUGAGCAGGAGCAUGGUUUAGGAGCACAACCGCAGACGCUUGGGAAUAGAGCAAUGGCUGGAGACGCAUGGAAGCCCCACGCGGCAUUGGUCUUAGUGCAGCUAAAUUAUGGCGGGUACCAUGUAAUUACAAAAUUAGCGUUGAGUGUGGGGCUCAAUCAACUGGUCUUCUGUGUGCUGCGAGACCUGGUUGCACUGUCGAUUUUGGGGCCGCUGGCAUAUUAUUCUGAAAAGAGGGUACGACCGCCGAUGUCAAUCUACUUCUUAUUUUCCUUCUUUUUCCUCGGGUUAACAGGGAUCUUUGCGAAUCAGUUACUUUUUACGCUGGGGCUCAACCUCACAUCACCAUUUUUUGCUGCUGCUACGCAGCCUCUUAUUCCUGUGUUCACUUUCUUACUAGCGGUAUUGCUCCGAACAGAGACUGUGCACUGGGGACGAGCAGAUGGCAGAGCAAAAGUUGGUGGAGUGAUAGUGUGUGUUGCUGGUGCAUUAUUCAUGACUCUUUGCAAGGGUCCUGUUCUUCUCGGCGAUGGGUUCUCUGAUUUACAUCUGCAAGGGAUGGCUGUUGCAGGCAAACCUGCUCCCGAACCUGUUGGAUGGCUUGCAGCCGUCCUGAUUGAUUUGGGCAUUGACCUUUGGCAUAUUGGUGUCCUCUGCUUGAUUGGUAACAGCUUGUGCAUGGCUUUGUAUAUUGUCUUUCAGGCUCCAUUGCUGGCCAGCUAUCCUGCUAGUCUCUCUAUGACAGCGUUUUCUUAUGCGUUUGGGGCAUGUCUUAUGUCAAUGACUGGAUUCUUUUUUGCCAAUGAACCGGCUGACUGGAACCUCACUGGUGGAGAAACUUUCGCCGUUUUUUAUGCUGGAAUUGUUGCAUCAGCUGUGAAUUAUGGACUGCUUACUUACUCAAACAAGAUGGUGGGGCCAUCUCUUGUUGCUCUGUAUAUUCCUCUCCAGCCAGUCGCUUCAUCAAUUCUUUCUCGAAUAUUUUUGGGUAGUUCGCUGUACAUGGGGAGUGUCGUUGGUGGAUCACUGAUCGUAGCAGGCCUUUACAUUGUCAUUUGGGGCCGACAAGAGACUGAAAAAUACAUGAUUACCAGUCGCCGGUCACCAAGCACCUAUCCUCUGCUUGAGGUGCUUCAUCACAGAGGACCUUCUAUUCCUAUAGGCCCUACGUUACCUAGUGCUAGAUCACGGUAGUUUGCCAAUGAGUAGGAGGUUUUGAGCUCAUAACUGGAACUGUGAACUUCUAUUGUGAGAGUGAAGUUGGAAAAUUAAUUCAUCUAGGUAAUCUUGGAUUUAAAGAUAUUCAUAUCGAAGCUCAUACAAUGCGUUCUCUUUGCAAAUUUCCCAUGGUUACUGCCAGGGUAACUUGAUUUCUCUUGCAUGGCAGGCUUCAAUAGCUGCAGGUUUGUAUUGAAAGUUGUCAGGAACUUAGAGAGGAGCUAUUAAGUUUUAACUUUCAUAAACUGGCCGUCUGAUGUAACGCUCAGGCCAUGUCUAGGUUUUCAUCAACUAAACUGAUGGUAAACAGCUACAUGCGAAGUUCGAAGUAA